CAACAUCUCGCCAUUCUCCUCCGUGCUAUCGACUUCCCUUGCUUUGUACGGGCAAGCCCUUCGUCGCCAAAUUGGAUUACCAGACUCCAACAGCGUUUUCCUUCUCAUCGCUUGACUGCCAGCGGACAGUCGACCCCUUUGUUUAGCUGCAUUACUCGAGGUUUAAGAUAUUUGGUUACGGGAAGUUUGAUACCUACAACCGCUCACCAUGUCUGGCAGCGGCGGAUUUUAUAAGUACCGGUGCAAGUACUUCUAUUCCCAUAACUGCAACAACUGGGUCUAUUGUAAUGGUCACGCCUGCGCCAUGUGCCUAGCCGAUGGCCGUGAUGUGGCGGAAUCCGAGGCGGCAAACCCACCACAGACCCAUUCCUCGAUGGCAUGGCAACGUCCACAAAACCAGCGGUUCCAGAAUCCCACCGCACCAACUGAGAUUUGCGUUCCCCAAGUCAUACAUGGCACCCUCCGAUACACCGUGAUGGAGAUCGUCCCCGCCGAUGAGCCGAGCUCGGGCGCAUAUUGGGUCCUCCGGCAGAAAGCCAUGGCACCGCAGGCACUCCCCUACAACUCCUUCACAACCAGCGACACGCCGCGGCCAGUAUUGACGUCUGUGGGUGUUACCGGGCAGAUGGCAUUUUGAUGAGGGGACAAUUAUCGGUAGCCUGGAGCUGCUGAGGUAUCAUACGUCCCCUCCCUUUCUACAAAGCAGGGCAAAACGGAUGGUGUGCGACGAUCUGAAACGCUGUGGGGGGUUUUCUUUGGU